ACCAACAACCCGGAAGUGAAUAACUGGACUUCGACCUUUUCAUCAAAGGUGGAAACAUAGACGACACCACACAACACGACACGACACGCCACUGCUCUUCUCAGUCUUCACUCUUCUGUUUGACUCAAUUAUCUCCUGCAACCAAAAAACAAAGAAAAUUUAAAAGAUGAUGGGUUAUGGGUCUUAUGGUUAUGUACCUUCAUCAUCAACUUCAAAUUUAUCAGCUUUAGCUCCACCUUUUACUGUUGAUCGGUCUGCUGUUCCAAAACCCAUUUCAAAUCCACUUGUGGAUUUGAAUGAUUCCCCUUAUGGUGUUCCCUUGAAUCCUUCUCUGCACAAUUGGCUCCCUUCCCACUAUCCCAAUUCUAGAACCAAUUUCUUUUCCAACCACACUUCAGAAUUUGAUCCCUUUCCUUCAUCUGAUGCGUUUCGAUACCCGGGCUUGGAGGAGAUUAAGUCACCCAAUACCCAUUUGUCUCCAGUGAACCCUAUUGCACCUGCUGCUUCUUCUGAUGCAUUCUUGUAUGGUCAAUGCUCGGAUGGUGUUGCCACGAGUAUUCUUGAAGCUAAACCAUAUUAUCCCACAUAUGUCCCACCUGCAACUCAAGGCUCUAGUAGUCCUUUGGUGGCUCCUGAUGAUAUUAGUUAUGAUUGGUUUUCAAGUUCCCAUGCUCCAGCCUUAGAUGGAUCCUCUCACAAUGAUUACACUCAGUCCGGUUUGGAUUAUACUGCCCUUUGGGGUGACUCAUGGAGUAGAUUUGGAGACUGGGAUCAUGGUAAACAGGUGGAACUUGAUGGGAGUUUCUGCUCAAAGGGGUCGAGCGUAGCUGGUUCAUCCAUUUACAAGAAUUAUAUGAACCAAGGUAACACACGUGAAGAAUCUUCCCAUAUCAUUGAUAUGUUAGGUUGGGAAAAGGAUGGUAGGUGUGUAAGCAUAGAGCAGUCAAAUGAUAAAUCCUUCUCAGGGUCAAAACCCAGAAUCAUGCCUGUUGAUUAUUCAAAAUCAUCUCUCUCAGAUCGCACUUCAGUACUUCCAGAAAACCACCCUGAGGCACCAUCCUAUAAACUAGUCACAAAUUCCAGGAACCGUCAAGUACCAUACAGUGCUUCAUAUGAGAAAGACAUGAGAGAGCAUGAUGCUAGUCUGAGUGGUAGUGCAUCAUUUGUGACAUCUUCACCUUCGCUUGUCAUUAGACCUCCAGAUGUUGUCACCACCAUUUCUGCAUCAAAUAAAGGUCCAUUAAAGGAUGUGAAUUUUAGGACGGAUGCAGCUGAUCCUGAUCUUCAUGGUAAUAAUCCUUCUUAUGUGAAUGAACUGCAUCCCUUGUUAAGUUCUGAAGGCAAAGUUCGGUUUGAUGCCAGCCAACUCAGAAUUCAUUUAGACAGAAAUGAUCCUGUUAGUGUGGAAUCAUUCUCGGCAAAAAGCAAAGAGCUGUCAAUGGACAAAAGCAUUUCUGAGGAUGCUUUGGAUCAAAUAUUCAAAGCAAAAUCUGGAGUUCAAAUUUCUCAUACAAGUUCAGAUGGAUUCAAUUUGCCCCUUGAAUUUACCCAAGCCGUCAAUUCUGUUGAGAAUUCUUCUGAGAGCUUAGAUCAUUAUAACCCUGCUGUGGACUCACCAUGCUGGAAAGGAGCACCAAUUGGUUGUUUUUCACCAUUUGAAGCUUCUAAGGCUGUCAGUUCUCAGUACCUGAAGACAUUAGAAUCAUGCAAUAAUUCAGAUUUUCAACUGCCUCAGUUCUUCCCUUUCAAUAUUGAUGAUGCUGUAAAACUCUCCUCACAAAAUCCAAUUGAGAAGACAGUGUACCAUGAAAUUGGGUCUCUGGAAAAUAGUUUAGCAGCUUCUCCAAAGAGGCCUUCAGUUGCUAAUUUAACAUUUAGUGAAUGCAGAUCAGAUGAUGCUGCUAAAGCUGGAUCCUUUUAUUCUAAAGAAAGCUGUGGCUAUGAGGUUCAGCAUUCUGAUAAAGCUUUUGAACCUGGGAAAGAUGAUGCUUCACCCAGCCAGUCUACAGGUUAUUUGGACUUAAAAUCUUUACUCACAAUGCAACAUCUUGAAGAAAGUACUGUAACAUCUGAAAAAAAGCAUUCAUCAGAGACUUGUGUUGUGGAUGCUGGAUCAAAUAGAAACAAUCCCUCAAGAUCUGGAACUUCAAAUGUGCCAUUCCAUGGCACUGAAGAUUCUCUGUCUUCACUGGCUUCUGUUGAAGAUGCUUCUGCUAAGCUUACCAAAUUGCAUAAGGCAGAUUCAACUUCAAAAAUAGAUGUCCAGAUGUUGGUUAAUACGAUUUAUAACCUGUCUGAAACACUUUUAUUUCACUCUUCAUAUGAUUCAAUUGAACUGAAGGAAGGAGACCAUGAGGCUCUUAAAAAUGUCAUCCUUAAUCUUCAUCAAUGUUUAUUAAAGGGCACUGAACAAAAGCUUCCAACACCAGAAUCACUGUUUCCUGAGCAAGGCACAUCUCAAUAUCUUGAAGAGUUACCCAAGCUUCACAAGGAAGUGAGUGGGGACAGGUCUAGGUUGGCAAAGGAGGCAGCGAUCAUUGCUCAGGAUCAGCUUGACCAUCGGUGUCUACAUGAGGAAAAGCAUCAUCAUAUUGUGUCUGUUAAUAAAAAUGAGAAGGUAUCAGAUUCUGUUUGCGUGAAGGGUGAUGCUAACAUGGUGAAAGAAGAUAAUAUGACCCAGGCUAUUAUGAAGGUUCUCAAUGAUAAUUUUAAAUAUGAGGAAGAUAUGCAGCCAAAGAGCCUCUUGUAUAAGAAUUUAUGGCUUGAGGCAGAAGCUGAAUUAUGUUCCGUUAACUAUAAAGCUCGCUAUAAUCGCAUGAAGAUUGAAAUGGAGAAAUCCGAGUUGGACAAGACUAAAGAUGUGUCAGAAAAUACUAUGAAUGUGGAGAAAGAACUAAGAUCCAAGGUUUCUCAUGAAAUGAACACUGUUGACAAAUUGGCACCUGAGGCUAGGGGUGGCCUUUCCCCUGUUAUUUCCAUCCAGGAUACCCCUUCCAUCCCAGAUGUUAUGUGCAGAUAUAGUAUUCUAAAAGACCGGAUUGACCACUCGAAUUCUGCUACAGAUGUGGAGGGACCAUCAAGCUCGAAAGUGUAUCCUGAUCUGAACAAGGCUGACCAGUUGGCAUCUGAAACAGCUGAAGAAAAGUCUCUGACCCAAGAUAUUUCCAUUCAGAAUUCUCCCAUCAUUGACACCACCUGCCAUGCAGAUAGUGUUAUGGCUAGAUUUCACAUUCUAAAAUGCCGGGUUGAGAAUUCAAAUUCUGUAACAUCUACAGAUGUAGAGGCUCCAUCAAGCAUAGAUGUCAUUCCUGAUCUGAUCAACGUUGACAAAUUGGUGCAUGAAGCAACUGUAGUGAAGGGUAGCCUGAUCCCAGAUGUUUCCACCCAGAAUUCUCCUGUUUCAACCCUAAGCCGCCACACAGAAGAUGUCGAGUCUUCUGUCAUGGCCAGAUUCCAUGUCCUUAAACACCGGAUUGACAAUGUGAAUUCCAUGGAUGUGAAAAGGCAAGAAUUUCCAGAGGUCUUCCAUUUUGGAUUUGCUGGUGAGAGUAAGCAUAGGCCAAUUAUUAGAGACAAAUCAGAGGAUGGAAGUGUGGAUGUAACACUGGCACCUGUCUUGCAGCACCACUCUGCCGACAGUUCUGAAGGCAGUUUAACUGUGAAGGAGUUCUAUCUGUGUAAGGAUGACCCAGUGAUACAACCUUGUCAGUCCAACAGGCUUGGCGACCCACUUCCAGCAGGUUGGUUUGACACUACAUCAGAUUGGGAACAUGUAAUGAAGGAGGAUUUUGAGGAGUAGAACUGUCAAGACCUGAAUGUCCCUUGGGUAAAUGGCUCUAUAUCCUCUGAAAGACAUUUAUAUGCUGUUUCUGGUAAAGAAACAUGGCAGUUACUUGUAUUAUAAAGAGUAUAUGAUUGCUCUCUGAACUUGUAAAAAGCUCAUAAACGUGUCUGGAUUUUCAAAACCUAUGUGUUUGUUUCUUUUUCUUUUUUAGCUAUUUGUCUAGCAACUUGUAUA